CAAAAAAUGAAGAAAGCCGGUGCUCCCCCACGAAGCCUCCGGGAGCAGCGCAAGAAGGUCCGGUUCACCCGCGGUAAAUCACCCGCGCCCCCGCGGCAGGCCCGGACGCCGAAGGUGGAAGACGGGGAGGACCCCACGAAGCGGCUGGACCAUGAGAAGCUGGCAGAGAAACUCCAGGCAAUGGAGCAGGCAGAGGAGGAGAUCGCGAAAGCGAAGCGGAUGCUGCUGUCAGUCAUUCCCGACGAAGACCGGAAGGACAUUGCGACCCUCCGGAACACCAACGCGAAUCGACAAGGCGCACCAGCGAUGGUGAUGUCCACGCGACCAGGAAUGAACAGAACAGCACAGCAACAACAUCAACAGCAAUUUCCCCCGAAAUGCCUACCAAUGCUGAACUUCCCGCCGGAGCAGGAGCACGCAGAGGUAAAGUUUUUCGACAUUGCCGAUACGCCGAGAACCCGGGCGAUGCGGGAAUCCGAGGACCCCAUCGGCAACUGGUUUGACCACGACGAGGACGAGCAGGAAGAAGAGGAGGAUGAAAAUGACGAAAAUAUCCAUACAAAUUUCCGCCCGGGCACGCCACCACGAGCAAGUGCGAAAAAGAAAAAAGAGAAGAAUAAAAGUGCACAACAAGUGCUACAACCGCCAGCACUAUUACACGUAAAUCCAAACCAGCCGAAAUCCAUCCUCCAGACGAGCUCCGCGAAAAAUAAAAUCGGAACCAACACGAAAGGCGGUCUUGCCGCCGCGAUCCAGAAUGCCAAGCGCGCGGGCAGUCCGCCGUUACCAGACCGAUCGGCUUUCGAAGAGGAGGAGGAUGAGGAUGACGACAACUCCUCUCAGUGUACCGAAGUCUCCAUGCACGUCGUCGAUGACAUCAACUCCGUUUCGGAUGGUUGCAACAACUCCGACAGUUACGAGGACGAGCCCUGCGGGGAACCGGGGUGCAGAUCCGGCCGGACCAGUUCUGCCGCUUCGAACAGCUCGCUUGGCUCCUUGUACAACUGCGAAACCCCAAAUUCCCUGCUCGGGUCGCUCUACGGCUCUAAAUCACCGUCAGAGGUGGACGAAGAGGAGGACGACAACGCGAUAAAGGACGGCGUUUUGAACAACGAGGGGAACUGCGACACAGGCACAGAGCAGGCUUGCUGUGUGGAGCAAAUAACCGCAGCCUCUUCAUCUUCGACGUCCCUCAAAAGGAAGAAGAACAAGCUCAAACAAACUAUUCUUUCGGACAAUGACAAGAAUUGCCACGAAUUGAACCUGGAGAAUCUCGCGGCGUUGAACGCGAGUUUGAACGCAAUUCAGGACGAGUCGAUGAAGGACCGGGCGUUUUUGCCGCGGUCGUUGAAGAUUUCCCUGAACAAUGUUAACAACGCGAGGGAAUCUACGACCAAUCAGAAUUUGAUCACGGAUGUGAUCCAGGAGGAUUUGCAGACCUCGACAACGGUGGUAACUACAACGUCAGCGAGUAGCUCGUCUUUUAGUUCAGCCCCGCCCUUAGAGUUCGUUGAGGAAACAGUUGCAGUUUCAACGUUCUCGUCAGAGCAGGAAAGCAACAGCAAGCUGCUCGUCAAGUUGGACCAGAUGCGACCUGGAAGUUUGUUUAUCGACGACAAGAACGAUUCCACCACGAAAAGCACCACAAAUAGUACGGUGCACAGUAGUGGGAUCAUGACGGGGAUGAAUGUUGGCGCAACCACAACAUCCUCCUCCGCUGCGCCCUCCAUGUUGAACUCUCCGAAAAGCAGUAGUGCGACUUCUACCGCAGCUGGUGCGUUAAUACCGACCGAAGUGAAGCCCCUCCGGGAAUCGAGGGAGUACGAAAACGACGUGUGGACGGCGCCGGACGUGACUCUGGUCGUAAACUCGGAGCUCUCUCCGGCGUUGGUACAACAACAACCGGCAGGAGUGGUAGUUCAUCUUACGGGACCCACCGUUGCGUCCAGUGGCUCCGACCAUCAUAGUAGAAGUUCUGGUUCUGGAGCUGCACACGCAGCACAGAAAGUUCUGCUGGAAAACCACCAGCGCGACAAUUCGAACUGCACAAGCGAGUCGUUCCAAACGUGCAACGAAGAACUGCCUUCGGUGACGUUUAGUUCUGUGGUUGACGACGAUGAAGAUCAAAGGGAUCAAGAGCCAAAUGUCUUCAUCGGGGACGAAUUCCUCGCCAUGAACAGUCCCGGUCAGCAACACCACCAGCAUCCGGAGAAGGAGAAUUCAGUUUCCUCACCGCACGACCAGAUGUUGAGCCAGAGUCUUCAUCUCCACGACGUCGCAAGAACUAGUUGUAUAACUAGAGGACCCGCUACAACAAGAACAAAUCAUAAGCCUACAACUGCUGCGCCGAACCGGGUUUCCACCGUGGAUUGGAGCGACAUCGGGAACCUGACAAACAGUCACGACCAACUGUCACCAGACGACGACGAUGCGGAGGGGAGUUUGGAUGUAGUGGAGGAGGACGAGGUCAGUUUUUCGGCAGAACCAGCUGCAGUUGCGGAGUCGUCCAGGGGGCCAGGUAGUCAUGGAGAGAAUGUUGAGGACUUGCAGCACUGCAGCUACAACUAUUGAUGAAGAUAAAUUUUCUUUUGGUCGAAGCUGUCACUGUACAAAAAAAUGGGAUCGCACUUAUCCCGAAAUAAAUCUACUUCAUCACAAAACUUUAUCUCAGGGAGCAAAGCGAGCAAUGCUGACGUGGCUGGGAGCAAAGGAGGACUGCUGGCGUCCAUUUUCGGAGCGGGAGCUGGAGCGGCUACUUCGGAAGAAGCCUGAAGAGUCCACCAAAUUUAACUUCUUCGUCGCGUUUUUGUUUACCGCAAAAAAACCUGAUCGCAUCAAAAAAUGAUUCCUAUUUCUUACCCUAGAUCAUACAACUAAUCGCAAAAUUUAAAUUUACAACCGCGCUAGAACAAACAGCUCCGGUAUCUAUCUAGGUACAGUUUGAAUGCUUACUAAUGACACGACCUGACAUAUUAGCGAUAUCUGCGUACGCUUUUUCGUUGGAAACAUUAUUGCUAACUUGUUCUAUCGCUUUUCAUUAUUGCACUCCUAUUGCAUUUCGAGAACAUAAAGGAUCAAUAUCGACGUCGAGGCGACAAGGAGAAGGAUUUCGUCGCUCUUGACGUCGCUUCAAGCAGCCCGGGUCCUAUGUAAAUUUGUAUUUCACUUUCACAGGAGAGUUCGACGCCACAAGAAAAAGAUUGUAGUCUACUCGCUCUCGUGGUUACGAAGUCGCACCAUGAGCUGGCGUCUGCAUUUUCCAACUAUUCCUACAACGCGACCUACUGCGAUAAGCGAAAGCUGUGGCUCCAAUGGGGCAGACGUAUGGUCUGUGGGAGCUCUCACCUACCAAACCCCGCUCGUUGCGCUUGACAAGAAGAUAGAAAAGUAGUAGAGGACCAAGACACAAACCAAAGAAUGUUGCCAUGAGGACUACAGAAUCAGGAUUGUAUCGUCAAGAAUGUACAUUAUCCAGAAAAAUUGAGCGAGUUGCUACUUCUUGCAAGGACGAGAUCCAGCCCUAACAU